AAAAAUAAAACCCUAGCUUCAUUUCAGAGCUCGAAAAACCCUCAUCAAUGGCGUUUAUUCAAUCUCUCUCUACAUCUACUCCCUUCCAUCUCUCUCACCGCCAGUCUGUCUCCUCCAAAAACCUCACAAUAUUUCCCAAAAUACGCCUCAGAAUUCUUGGAAAUUCUUGUCCAGUCCUCGCAUGUUCGGCUCCGAAGUCGACUCCGGCGACCGAGCAGGACAUACUCGAAGCCGUCGCGGAGUCCGACGGAAAGUCGCUUCCCGGCGUGAGAACUUACGAGAACGACUUGGCUCGGCUUACGCUGGUUGGAGCCGUGGAUUUUGAGCAGGCGUUAACGGCGGCCGCCGCAGACGGCGGUGAGACCGCCGCCGAACAUAUUGCUUCCGGCAUGCCGGCGAUGGUUGUGGAGACCGUGUUUCCUGGCCCUCCCGACGAGCGUAGCACCGUCUCGACACGACUGUUUUUGCCAGCUAGAAAAGUUAAAGAGAAAGCCAAAAAGCUCAAAAGUUAUCUCACUGAAGAUAUCCUCUCCAACACUACAUCUAGGAAUAUACUUGCCAUGACAUUUAGACAAGUGGUUAUGGAACAGCUUUGGAAUUUUGAACUGGUAUUGUUUAGACCUGGAACUGAAAGAAAUAUGAAGGAGCUUCAAAAUCCUAGAGAGCAGGUCACUGCAUCAUUUGCCCUUAGCUCAUCAGAUGAACUGGUUAUUUCUUUGCUUGGAGAAGUUGUUUGCCUUGCUGCUCUUGAAAGCACUGAAAGACAUUUUCUUCGUAACUCUCUGGGAAGAACAUCAAAUAACUUUUUCCACUGGUUUCACAAGCCUGAAAGGAUUGCAUCAACAGAUUCAUCAGUUACCAUAUAUAAGUUAUUUGACGAUGAGAUUAUUGCAAGUGCUAAAAGUUUGCUUGAAACUUUUAACUCGGAAAAGGGCAAUUACAAGCCUUUGCAAUCAAAUGUGAAUUACUCAUGGUGGACAUUACCAAUAUAUUCUAAAUUAGAAAAGAUUGGUGGUCCUGAGUUUAUUACAUGGAUUAACGAGUAUGUACCUGCUUAUCUGCUUCAAAUUGACACUGAUCGACUUCACAAUGUAAAGUUUGAAGGUUGGAAAAAAUCUGCUGAGAAUAGAUGGGAAGUCCUUCUGACCCACUUUCAAAUGGUUGGGUUGGCUAACAUUCUAGACAUGUACUAUGACGAUUCGUACACACUUCCAAGUAAACAACUACGUGGUACGAUUGCAAAACCUGUCAACUUGUUCACUAAUAAGAGAAUCACUUCACUGCUGAAAUUGUUCUCCAUUACUCUUGCAAGUGGAUUUUUUCUUGUUACCAUCAGCAUUUUUGGUCAACUUUGUCUGCCUUACUUGCGUACUGGAAGAAAGUACCCCAGCGAAAAUCAUUCUCUUCAAUCAUCUGAGAUUGACUAUAUGCUGCAUCGGGAUAUUGAAUCUACUAAGUUGGAAGAUUUUUGCAUCUCAAUUGUGAAAAAAAUCAAAGACGCCUUUGGCUGGCCUGGGAAUAUAAUGACAGAAAAGAGUGUUGGUGCCUGGAUUGGUGAACUUCCAGCAGUCUUAAGAAAGCUUGGUGAGGCUGAUUUGAGCCUUGGAGAGAUUCCAUCUAGCUCUGCUCCAUUAAAGGAGAAUGAUGAAGAAUUGGGGACAUCCACUCAGGAUAUUGCAAGUUAUCAGGUGGUUCUAUCCACUGAUGGAAAGAUUGUUGGGUUCCAACCUACAAGCCGGGUGGCUGUUAAUCAUUGGGCAGCCAAUCCGUUAGCCAAAGAGCUCUAUGGUGGAAGAAAACUUUCCCCUGGUUUUAUUGAACCCGGUCUUAAGAAAAUCAAUCCAAGAGAUCUUGUUGUAUUAGAAUUGUUGAUGUCCGUAAAUCCCCAUUCAAGUUUUGCAUUGGCCAGGCUGGUUGAAUGAUUAUUGUGCAACGACUGUAAGUUAGAAGUAAUUCACACAGCUGUAACAUAUUUCAAGUGCGAGUUCUGAUGUGACAAUCGAGGAGUCUUUUGGUGGAUGCCAAUAAUAUUUAAUUAAAUUUUGUUUGUUCAUCGAUGCUCUGUUGUUUGAAGAUGAAUUUCUAUCGCAUGUUUCUGAUUUUUAUGGUUUCUUCUCAUUGUAAUUGAGUCAAUUUGUUUUAUAAUAGAAGCUAAUAGUGUCACUAAUAGCUUAGAUUUGAACUUUUUUGUGGAUAAACAGUGUAGUGUUGAAUGGUAAUCUAGUAAGGGCAUGUUUGAUUGUCCUAAAAGGCGAAUUGGGAGUCUCUUAAAUUGUAAUUCGAUUUUGGGGAAUGCUGGAGUCUCAUUGGAAUUGAAAUGACAAUUUUUCUCUCAUUAA